GCUGGCCAGUCUGCGAGGACGCCGCGGUGCGCUGCGUCCCCGACCGCCGCCCCCCCAGACAGACGAGGGCGGAGACGACGUCCCGUUAGUCCGCCAGCGGCUCUGCUGCAUGCAUCUCGACAACAAACCAACACAAACAUCCGCGUUAACCCCGCAACACCGAGACGCGGCGACUGCACGACUCGUUCGGUCUCGCUGCGAGCGCCACGUUUACAUUAGCGGUUAAAUUAUAGAUCAUCGGAACCUGCUGGUCCCCAGGUCUACCUGAUGAGCAUGAGCCAGACUACAGAACCCUCCAACGAUGGCCCCGCUGUUACAGAAGAGGCCAAAAUGAGCCCAGCCCCCGAGAAGAAGGAGAAGAAACCAGAGGAUGUGGCAGAGGAAGAGGAGGAGGAAGAGUACGUGGUAGAAAAAGUCCUGAACCGGCGGGUGGUGAAGGGCAGGGUGGAGUACCUGCUGAAGUGGAAGGGCUUCUCUAAUGAAGACAACACAUGGGAGCCGGAGGACAACUUAGACUGUCCAGAUUUGAUCGCUGAGUUUCUGCAGUCUCAGAAAUUGGCACAUGACGGGAAGAGGAAGGCGGCUGGAGAUGCAGAUGGAGAUGAAAGUAAAUCAAAGAAGAAAAAAGAUGACAAUGAGAAGCUGAGGGGCUUUGCUCGAGGCCUGGAUCCAGAAAGGAUUAUUGGAGCCACAGAUUCAACAGGAGAACUAAUGUUCCUCAUGAAAUGGAAAAACUCUGAUGAAGCUGACCUGGUGCCCGCCAAGGAGGCCAACGGCAAGUGUCCGCAGGUGGUUAUCUCCUUCUAUGAGGAGAGACUCACCUGGCACUCGUAUCCCUCCGAAGACGAGAAAAAGGAUGAGAAAAACUAACCCAGGGCCAGGAAAAGGGUGAGGGGGAAAAGAAAGAAGAUGUAGUUUUGAACUUCCAGGGGGAUUUGGUAGGGAGGGGGGGCAGGGAGACAACAACCAGCAGGACAUUGUUGGAUCAUCUGUCUUUUGGUGCUGUACGACUCAUUCGGUUCUACCUUUAUGUGGAUAUAAUCUAAAUAUAAAUAUGCGUCAGGAUUGCACCACGACACCAAGGUGAAACAAAAGAAGGCAGUGUUCAUUUUCUGUAUCGGUUCCAGUCCAGUUGCUUUUCAUGUCAUUUCCCCUCGUUUUUUUCCCUGUGCAUGCUUCCAGUGAGUUACACUGAGGGCUGCUUUUUAAGCCUCUGUUGACAUUUUUGUUCCCAUCAAUCAUCAAUUCAUUACAGGGUGCAAUUGGACGAAGAGUAGUGACACUUUAGAGUCACGCUGAAUAAAAGAACUGAUACUUACCAGGACAUUGAAUUUAUCCUACACAAAUAAAGACAUAGAAAACAAGGGUCAAUCGAUUGCCCACAUUAUAACUCAUUGUAUUCAUGGUAAAAUAAUUGUUUGUGACAUUUUUUACAAUACUUACUUGUGUAGUAAAGGCAACAAUCAAAGCCAGAUGAAGUUUUAAAAACGGUUUUUCUUUUUGUACCUUGAGCACGAAAUCAGAAGUAUGAAAAAGGCCUGUUUUUUUCCUUUUUCUCAUUUGUGUUAUAAAACAGGGAAUGUCUUAAAAAAUAUGAUUCUCAAGUGAAUACAAACAGAACUAACGAUAUACUGUGGUUACAAGUCAGGUGGUGUUUUUUUUUCUAUGCCAUUUGGUUCUCAUUUCUUUGGUUUUGAGGGUAAAACUGAGUUAGUCUUAGCUGUUUCUUAGACUUGUUUGGUGUUCGCUUACAAACAACCAGCCUCUGUGAUUACUUUGGUCAUUGUAAUCUUGGUAGUGUUUUUCUUCAUGUCUUGCUUGUUGCUUUUGAAGAAUAAACCACUUUUUGUUACAGUU